CUGUAGUCUAAUUAUAUGGAUUUUCAAUGUUUUUCGUAUUGCCUUUACUGACAGAGUGAUCUGUGUGAUUGUAUAUCAGCUGUUAAUUUUCAUGUGUUUAAUAUUGUAAUUAUGACACAGGAGAAAAAGUUUUCGUUUGUGUUUUCGAAAGUAUCAAAGCCUUCAGGUCCUCUUAGGCACGAGAAGUCUAAAGAAAAGGAAGAUGUACAGUACAUCGAUUGCCUCGACAGCAAAACUAUCGUAUUCAAGAAGAGUGAAGAUGAGGGAGAGAAAGUCACUGAUUUAAUUAUCCCACUCAAUAAAUCUGUUUGUGAUAAACCUCAAACUAAAGAGAAGGAAGAUAUACAGAGAAAGGAAAAUAGUACUGUUAUAGGGGACAGCUUAAAUAAGAACUCUUUAGAGGAAACUGCUGUUAGAGAAAUUCUGGAAGAUGUUAAGACAUUCACUGAAGCUGUUGAAAAUUCUAAUACUUUAACUCUACAAAUACAGAAAUCAAGACAUGGAAUUGGAGAAUCAAAAGAGUCUACUCUUGAUGACUAUGAAAGUAUUCCUGUAGUGGAUUAUGGCAUGGCAAUGCUGAAGGGCAUGGGUUGGAAUCCAGGAAAAGGUAUCGGUAAAAAGGGGAGGAUUGUGACAGCAAAUAUGCCCCAACCACGUCCCAGAGGAAUGGGUUUGGGAGCUGAUAAAGUAGAUUCUUCAUGUGCACCUUCUACUUUGGCCCAAGAUGAAGGAGAAGAAUUAAAAGUAAUUAAAGGGGCUUCUGUACAAGUAAUAUCUGGAUCUCAUAAAGGACAGUAUGGUCAGAUUGAAGGCUUUAAUGAGGACUCUGGAAGGGUCAUAGUGCGUUUGUCAUUGCAUUCUUCAUCUGUCACUGUUAAUGAAAAUGCUUUCAAGUUGGUAACAAAAGAAGAGUACACUAAAAAUUCACGUGUUCUGAAUGUAUCAAAGUAUCAAGAAUACACACAAAAAACUGAUGAAAAUCUUGAAGUGGUAAGACAAAACAUGCAUCAUGCAGAAAAGAGGCAUCAUAAAAGUCAAAGUCCAAAAAAUCAUCCAAGACAAAGAUUAAAAUAAUGCUAUCAUUUACAUAAUUAAAAGGGGAAAAUAAAUGUAGGUACUGGAAUUUUCUUCUUUUAUGAAGUUCUUCAGAAGCCUUGUAAAAGUUAAUAAGCAUAUGAACUUCUUUGAGCAAAUUGAAAUUGUUCCGAAUCUCAAGAAUUCAAAUGCCAAUUUGGUAAUUAAAGGUAUCACAGUAUUUAGGCAGAUUCUCAAACUAUUUAAAGAUCAACAGGAUUUAAUCAACUUGGUAACCCUUGCCUCUCCUAAGAGGUAGUAAGUGCAGUCACUGACUCAGAACCAGAGCUUAUAAGAAAUAUCACCAGUGAACAAGUGGACAUCCCUCACCCCACUCAAGGAAGUAUGAGUUAACAUAACAGCAAGAGAAAUAUAUGAUUCAUUAAGGAUGUAUGAUUGCAAUGUUAAAAUAAAAUAAUCAAUUAUAAGUCAAGUUUAUGAAUGUGUAUGUCCAAUGUAUUAACAGGAAAGAAUAAAAGCAUUUUGUCUGAAAACAA